AUGCGUAUGUCUUUUACCACGCAUAUCCUCUGGGACGCUGGUCUGCUUGGAGACGAUCACGGAAAUAUCCUCAAUCCAGACAUAACCUCUGCAGUCAAGCUCUUUCGUCACCAUGAUGAAGCAUCAGCCCGACUACGAAAGCAAUUCACAAGUGAGGGAGGUCUGUCUUCACCUCGCCGUAAGCCCCACUUAUCAUGGACAGCUCUAAUGACUAUCACUAACAUUAUCAUUAAGGUGCCAGAAUCAUCAGAGAUAUCAAUAGGGUUAUACACUGGAGAUGUCAAAGAAGGGAAAGAGAAGCCCCUCUCCGAAGCAUUCAUCAUACCCUGGACUGAUGAUGGGUAUAGUGGACAUCCAGACCUGCUGUUGAAAUUGAAGUGCCUUUUUACAGAUCUGAGUAACAUCACUCUAGACGAAAGUCAAGUGUGGUUAAUCGGCUCUGUUGUACGCCAAGGGUCCAUGGCAAGCAAAGAAAUUGAUCCCCGAUCCAGGUCUUCCAUGCUGAGCAAGAAGACUUCCUCCAGUGACUCGAUGAGAAGGCCAUUUGGUGUGUUGAUGCUUGAUGUGACCACCAUCAUACAGAAACAAAAGAUUUUAGCAUUGGAAACACAGGAUGGUACUGUAGACCAGGACUACUUUGCUCCAUUCUUUCCAUGUGGUGAAAAAGAAACCCUUGAUCUAAAGAAAUUACUAACAACUAGAAAUGAUUCUGUGCGUGACAACAAAACAGGAUACCAGGGAAUAUGGUUUUCAUUUCAACUUAUCAAUGGAGAUAUUAAGCAGUUGCGUGAAGACAAUCCACACUAUGUAUCACUUCGGGAUGUCCCGGUGGCGUACCGCCUUGGGCUUUCAGAUGUCAUUAUGCCUGGAGAUGUUCGAAAUGACCUCUACAUUACCCUGCUGUCUGGAGAGUUCUCCAGAGGGACCAAGACUAGUGACCGAAAUGUAGAAGUUACUGUCAGGGUGUGUGAUGAUAAGGGGAAAAUAAUUCCUGGUGUCAUGAGACAAGGAUGUGGCAAGCCACCACUGGAUGACUACAGAUCUGUCACCUACCAUCACGAAGCUAAACCCAAAUGGAUGGAGACCAUCAAGAUAGCUCUUCCAAUAGAGGAGUUUAAGAAGGCUCAUGUGAAAUUCAUUUUUAAGCACAGAUCCACAAAUGAUGUAAAGGACAAGAAUGAAAAGCCGUUUGCCAUGUCUUUCAUGAAGCUGAUGCAGGAUAAUGGGACAACAGUACUAAACACUGAACAUGAGUUGAUAAUAUAUAAAAUUGACAGCAAGAAGUGGCAAGAGGACGACUCAAGCUACCUGAAUCUACCAUGGCAACGUAUCAACGGAGAGGAACUAGUGAAGACGUGGACGUUUGGCAUGGCUCCUACCAACAAAGACAGCUUUACCAUCUCCACCACAUUCUGUUCAACCAAGCUGACCCAGAAUGCUGAACUUCUGGCUCUCCUUGAGUGGGGCUGGAGUGGGUCAACAGACACGGAAACCCUGAGACACUGCCUUGAGGGCUUGCGCCGUGUGCCAUCGGAAGAGCUGAUGGUGUUUCUGCAGGAUACACUUGAUGUCUUGCUGGAGAUUUUGAUGAAUAGCUCCACAGAUGAUGACAGUGAUAAUAAAGUCUUUGAAGCAUUGGUUUAUGUGAUAACCAUUGCCACGGACAAGAACAAGCACGAAGCCUUCCAACCAGUUCUUGAUUCAUACAUCCAACAGAAUUUCCAUGCAACCCUUGCAUACAACAAACUCAUCCAUGUCUUAAAGUUUUAUGUAGAGCAAGGAAUGGACAUGCAACGGCAAGAAACAUUGAAAAAAGCCAUGAAAUGCCUUCAAUAUAUAUUCAAAUUCAUCAUUCGUUCCAGACAGCUGUUUGUUGAACUCCAUGGUCGUGGGCAGGAGGAGUUUGAAAAGAGUCUUCAGCUGCUCUUGGAAGCCAUGGCUAAGAUGAUGAUUCACACAUUGGACAGCACUCUUACAGUCCAAGCUCAUUGCCUCAAGUAUAUUACCACUACCAUUCCAGACAUCAUCACCAACUUUGAUCCUGUGCACAUGAGUCAUAUCCUAGUAACGAUGAUCGACAACCUGGACCCAAAAAGGAUUCCCAAGCAGAAGUUGAUGACCAUGAAUGAGAUCAUUCACAGUGAACUUUUCAAAUACCCUGAGUGUCGGCGUGUGCUCCUGCCCUCCUUCAUUGGCCACAUCCGGAGACUGCUGGCAGCAAAUGAAGAGGUGACAGAUGGUGAAGUUGUCAUGCGCAAGGAGAAAAAAAAGGCCAAAUUGCAACAGAUGCUUGGUACUGACAACAAUGCUCCUUUCACUGAUGAUGGGCGCAGCUUGAUGGAAGAGCUGGAGCUCUGUGUGAAGAUCCUCGGUGACAUCCUGGAUGUGUUAUUCUCCGCUGAUGUUGGGCCAACUCAGGAGGACAUCUCGCACCUGACCAAUGAAAUGCUCAGUGACAUCCUCACCAUUGUCUACAAGAUGACCCACGAGGACCCACUCAAUUGCAAGUUUGUGAGCGUGUUGGUAUCACUCAUGCGUCAAAUGACCGAGCGUCACUUCCUGAACUUCCUGAACUGCUUCCAAACUCAGGAUGAAUUGUACAACUUUCUUGUAGAACUCAUCAUGGUCAUCCAAGACCUCAUAAGCCAGCCAGUGUUCCCCUCAGACUGGGCAGAAAUGAUCUUGCUGCAGAACAGUGUGAUAGUAAAGGUACUUCGCCAGUGUUCACGUGUUAUCUCUGAUAGAAUGCGUGAUCCAUUUAAGGAAAUUGUGUGGAAUAACUUCUUCUUGUGUGCCAUCCAGUUCAUAACUCAGCCAUCACUACAGCUGGAGACAUUCACUCAGAGUAAGAGAAACAAGAUUCUGAGCAGAUACAGAGACAUGCGCAGAGAGACAGCCAUAGAGAUCAAGAGUUUAUGGUUUAGCUUAGGUCAGCACAAAAUCCGCUUUGUGGCUUCUUCGGGUGGAGGACAGUGCAUGGUGGGACCUUUCCUGGAGAUGACUAUGAUCCCUGAUGUGGAGCUGCGAAAGGCCACCAUACCUAUAUUCUUUGACAUGAUGCAGUGUGAGUACUACUCCCAGCGCGACCAAGGGAAAAAUGGGCCUCCAGACAUGGCUCGCAACAAACAGAAGAUUAAAGGGAAGUUUACUGAGUUUGAGAAUGAAAUGCUGGAAAAGCUAGACCACCUUGUGGAAGGAGGCCAUGGAGAUGAGCACUACCGUGAGGUCUUCCAAAACAUGGUGGGUGCUCUCUGUGAAGAACAUGCCACCAUGAGGGACCCAGGCCUGAAGCUGGUCAAAACAGUCACUAGGCUCAUGGAUCGGCUGCUGCAGUACCGGACCAUUAUGAACACCCCAGAUAAUUCAGCUGAGACACGCAUGAGCUGCACUGUCAAUCUCUUGGACUUCUAUUCUGAAAUAAAUCGGAAGGAGUUAUACCUGCGAUAUGUCUACAAGUUGUCAGAGCUUCACCUUGCCUGUGAUAAUUACACUGAGGCUGGCUACACACUCCUUCAGCAUGCCAGCUUGCUUAAGUGGACCCAUGAGGAUCUGCAGACUGCCCUAAGGUCACCCAUUCACCACCAUCUUGGGUAUCAUGAUGACCUCAAAGAAAAACUCUAUAAUGAAGUUAUUAGCUACUUUGACAAAGGAAAAAUGUGGGAAGAUGCCCUGAAACUCUGUAAGGAACUAAUGCAGCAGUACGAAGAAGUUACCAUAAACUACACUAAACUGUCUGAGCUCUUGACCCGAAUGGCUUCAUUCUACAAAAACAUCAUGAACCCCCAGAACCUGCGACCAGAACCAGAAUAUUUCAGAGUUGCUUAUUAUGGCAGAGGGUUCCCUGCUUUCUUGCAGAACAGGGUGUUUGUGUACCGUGGAAAUGGUUAUGAAAGACUUGGGGAUUUUACAUCUAGAAUUUUGGAUCAAUUUCCAAAUGCAGAAAAACUAACACCACCCAGUGAUGAGGUUAAAGAAUCUCCACAACAGUUCAUUCAGAUCAGUAAAGUUGACUGUGUAAUGCGAGAAGACAAGUAUUCCUCUCCUUCUGUUUCGGAACAAAUUCAGCGCUACUAUCGGGCGAACCAUGUGAACAUCUUCACAUACUCCAGGCCCUUCCACCGAGGACAGAAGGAUCCAAGCAAUGAGUUUGCAACUCUUUGCAUUGAAAAAACAACUUUGCAUACAUCAUAUUCUUUACCUGGAAUUUUGAGGUGUUUCCCGGUCGUCAGAACGAAGUCCAUCGAGCUUUCUCCCCUUGAAAAUGCAAUAGAGACCAUGACCAAUGUUAAUGCAGAUGUCUGUGACCUUGUUAAGAAAUAUUCUCGUGAUCAAACCUUGCCUCUUGACCCCCUGACCAGAAAGAUAUCAGGAAUGGUAGAUCCUGCUGUGAUGGGUGGCAUUACGAAUUAUGAAAAGGCUUUCUUGUGUGACGAGUACAGGCAAAGUCACCCACAAGAUGCAGAGAAAUUGGAAGAUCUGCAGCAGUUGAUAGCUGCGCAGAUACCUUUACUCAAAGCUGCUCUGCACUAUCAUCGACUCCGUGUCACAGAGCCAAUUGCAGCCCUCCAUGACCACAUGAUUUCAUCAUUCCUUAAAAUGAAACAACAAGUUCAUGAGAAAUAUGGAGUUGCUGUAUUGCCACCAGAGCUGGGCAUAGAGGAACACUCCCUGAGACUGCAGACACAACUGAGUGUGAACAGUGAUCAUUCAGCUCGUUCUUCACACCACUACAGCGGCCAUGAUAGUAUAGACGUGGAUGCUGUCGAGCUCAGGCCCCCUAAGGAGGAUUCUCGCUCAGAAGGUCUACGGCAGAGCCUCACCCGCGGCCUGCAUGUUUUUUCGGGCCGUUCCUCUGAUCUUAUGGCUAUGAGCUUAUCAUCAUCGCAACUUUCACUGGCUCGUCUCAGCCUGAGCCCAGCCAAGGUUGGUGGAACACUUCCUCGCCAUCACAAGGUCUCCAUGCCCAACCUUGGGAAUUACAAUGGGGGAUCCUCCAAGAAUGUGAAGAAGGAAAAAAGCUUCAGAACUCUGCUGCGGCGUGAGAGUUUUACUUCACAGCGUGAGCCAUCCUCACAGUGGUUUGACAGGCCCGAGUCCCAGGUGUUGCCGCCUCAACCAAUUAUAGAGCUGAGUGAGCAGCUUGCACCUGAGAGACCUCUGCGGACGGACAUUGAGAGGGAAAGGCGUAUGUCUAGACCUCGCUCCCUGACGAUGACCCCUUCUGUGUCAGCAACACCUUCGCCUUCACUUGGGUCCAGAGAGAGCUUGAUGAGCACUCCAACUGGAUCAAUUUAUGAAGAAGAGUCUCCUCCGCCACUGCCUGUCAAAAUGCGUGACCAAGAUAGUGAUAGUACAUCUCUCAGAUUGAGCACCAUGUCCCUCAAACCAAGUGCAACCCCAGGAUCUCCCGAAGUCUCCCCAGAACCCCCCAAGAAACCACCAAGACCUGAUAAGAAUCACAAUCAUGAGGAUUCCUCCAUGAUCUAAGUAAAGCUGAAAAUGUUGAAAGAAAGUUGUUGUUAACUUUAUAAUGAGUGCUUGUUACAUGUAUGUCUGAGAUAAGGAGGGACUUUUGAUGCAGAGUGUGAAGUAUAUGAGAGAGAAGGCAUGUUGAAAAGAAGUUCACAUUCUGAAUUGUUGAUUAUAACUUGAUAAACAGAAGUAAUGAUAAUGGUAAUUGCAUUGUGUGAUAAUGGAGUGAAUAACACUGCCAUCCUUUAUAUUUUUGUCAAGUCUUAAAAGCUUGUGAUGUGAAGGUAUUAUAAUGCUUAAAUCAUGGUGCAAUGUGUGCCUAGAUCUAGAACUAGUGUGCAUUAGGCCACAUAUUUUUUUGUGUAUUGUAUUUUGCAUUUUCUGUCCUUUUUUUUCACAUAUAUUUUUAUCUGUUACAAGGGGGUAUGAUUUAUGCUUAACUCAAAAGCUUGUCAGUAUCUACAUCAAAGCCCAGUGCUGAUAUAUGUUAGUCUUUUGAAAGGUAUUAUCUUGCUUUAUUUAUUCAGUUUUCUCUAUACUUUAGGUAAAAUUUAAGGUAUCAUGUGGACCAUUGAUGGUCGUGGCACCUUCCUGCUUUUGCCACUAUCAGUGUAAUCAUCUGAGCAGUAUUUAUUUAUAUUUUUGUUUUAUGAUUAGAUGUUCUGAAUGAUUCAUAUAUUUUUGUUGAUAAUAAGUAUUAUAUUAUUGUGCUUGAGAUAGAUAACACUUCCAUGAAAUGGCUGUAAAAAUGGUGACUAUUGUAUUUCCUUUCAUAUAUUUGGUGUGGCUUUGCCUUGUGAAAUGCUCAGUACAUGUGAAUAAAAAUCUAAAACGGUAAGUAAGGUAAUGAUUAUGGUACUAAUGUGUUUUUUUAUAUCAGUUGUUUAUUUUUUUUAGAUGUAUUCAAUGUCCUAUUUAUUCACUAGCAAUGAAAAUUUGAUAAAGUAUUUCAAUAUAAUUCAAACAUCAAAAACAUCUUUUGUUUGUUGUGUAAAGUCUUCCAGUGGCUUAUGAUUACAAUAUGUUUAUUCUUAUUUGAUUUGCUAUAAAAAUCAAAGAUUCGAAAGUAUUGAGAAAGGUAAGAUAGAAGUCAUGCUAUAUGGUUGUCUGUCUGAAUGAUUAUUUGCAAAUGCUUUUUUUCUCAUAUUUUGUUUCAUAUAUAUUUUUUUCUUUGUUAUUAAGCACUCCUUAUUUGAAUUGCUUGUGCCCAAGGAUUCCUUAAGUGCAUUUAAGUAGCUUUAUAUAUAUAUAUAUCUAAAUUAGGUGUAUGUUUUGUUUUCUUGUCUAACAUGUUCUGGUGAUCAUUGCUUUGUGCUUUUCCUUAAGAAUAAUAUAAGAUUGUGAUUUUGUGCGAAGGGUCAUUGAAGACAUUGAUAUUUUUAUAUGCGAAUCCUUCACAUGCUUAGUGUAAGUUAAGGAGCCUUUUAAUGUAUAGUUAGUGUGAAUGCAUGUGUGUGCCUAUGGGUGUGUAAUUUGGCUUCAUUUGCAGUGUCAUUUGAUAAAAUGGUGUUAAUUUGUAAAGGUAUGGCUAUGAUGCAGCAAGAUAAUCAUUCCUAAUACAGCUGUCUUAUGGUGAAAUGUGUGGGACCAAUUUAAGCAAGAUUUGCUGAGAACCCCCCCCUUUUUUAUACUGCUGACUUUAUCAUUUUAUCAGUGAGGGAGUGAAUAAUUGCACAUACACACAGACAAACAUGCAUGCACAGAACUAUCUGUUUUUGUGCACCCUUAUGUUUGUGUGAAUGUGUAUGUGGAUUAGAAAGGUAAAGAAGUCUUUGCAGUAUAGUGAUGUCCUUUCUGAUGAUUCCAUUAUACUAAUUAUUAAUAUUGCAAGAAAAAAGAAAAUUAAGUAUCAGUAUGGAGUGCAGUUAAAACAAAUUUUCCAAGGGUUUCAUUAUAAAUUUUCUUAUUGAGAAACUAUAAGAGGCAAUAUGUGUGGGAUUUUCAUGUUAAUAUUUUACCAAAUUAUUGAAUUAACAUGUGUUAUAGGAAAGUUGAGCUCAUAGUACAGUGAUUUUUCAAAUUUUAUACAUCAGAUUUAUAAUGUAUUCGAAAAAAAAAAAACACGGUAGUGUAUAUAUUAGAGCUGAUCAUGUAUCCAAAGGCAAAUAUGAUUGAGAAACACAUGUAUUAUUGAUAUAGCAUAUAUCAAGCUAAGGUAAUGUUUUAUCAGAUGUCAUUGUAAGUUCAAAGGAGACAAAGAGAUAAAUCUUUAUUGCUUCAUUAUUUUUUAUAAUUUUGUACACAGUGUAACGUAAUUACAGAUUUUUUCGUGUCACACAAUGCUGAUCAGUCUUGCAUUUAACUGUCCUUUGUUCCAAGAAGUUGAUCAGCAGCAUUUCUUUUUGUAGGAAGUACAAAGGCUAAGAAGCUGCACAAAUUAGAAGUGCCAUAUGGUAUUUUAUAAGGAGAGUGGAGGGUUGGUAUUUUUGUAUGGUGCUCUUUUGACCAAAGUAAUACUGCAUGCAUGGUUGGAAGAACUAAGACAAGGAUUAGUUAUGAUGAUAGUUGUAAGUUAUCAUCCCUUUCAUGGUGUGAGAUACCUGCCAACACACACUGACGAUGUGCGCACAAUGAAGGUAAAUUGUAUACCUAUUUUUAUGAUUUAUGUACUGUAUAUACACAUGGCAUACAUUUUUUAUUUGUUUGUUAACAUAUAUGCAUUGUCUUGUUGAUGUAAAAGGAGCACUUGAGUGACUGAGGGGUACUCUGAAGAAAGACGGUUAUCAUUCUGUUUAGAGAGAUAGGUAGACAUAUUAAUAAACAGCAAAGCAGACAGGUGGAUGGGUGGACUGAUGGACGGACGGACAGACAGACGGACAGAUGAACGGACAGACGGAUUGAUGGCAGACCGACAAAUAGAUAACCAGACAGAUAAAGACAGACAGACAGACAGUUAGGCAGAUAGAUAGACAGACAAGCAGAAAGACGCACACAGACAUGCACAAAUACACACACACAGACACACGCACAUGCACUCUCACAUGCACACUCGUACGCAUGUACAAGCACAAACGCACAUAGACUCGCACACAGAUGUGCACAAGCUCAUACACGCACAAGCACACCCAUGUACAAGCACACACAUGCACAGUCACAAGCACACUGGCGUACAUGUGCAUAUAUGUACACAGACAGACAUAGUGAAAUAAGAGGGAGUAUUCAUAUGUAGGUAUGCAAGUGUGUUUUUGUGCUUGUGUGUGUGGAGUCUUUAUGUGAGUUCAUUGUGUAUGUAUGUAUGUUCAAACAAAUAUUUGAAUGUGCUUAUGCAUAUAUAUAUAUUAUAUUUACUAGUUUUAAUACUUUAAUAUUGCAUAGUUUAUGUACAGACUUUAUGUUAAAUACCUGAUUUUACCUCAAGAAAGAUUUUAAUUUUCAAUUAUUCAGUAUAUUGAAAUGGUAAUGUGACAAAGACACAUGUUAAUGAUUCAUUUUAAUUUAAUUGUAAUUUUUUUUUUUUUUUUUUUUUGAUCUUCUGAAUGUAGAUUCAGUGAAAGAAAGCAAAGAGACAGAAAUCAACUCUGUAAUCAUCUUGCACAACAAACGCAAAUUGUGACUACGCUUAAAUACAAGGGUGCUUGCAAAGUAUUUUAGGUAUUGUCCACACUAAGUCUUAGAGAGAGAGAAAAAGAACCUUGUGUCUAGUCACACCAAGAAGCUUGGAAGUACAAGCUUGUGUUCUGGUCAUACUAGGCUAGCAAUAAACUUGCAAGUCAUUUAUUUAGCAUCAUUUUGUAUUAGCAUUUAACUCCAUAAGGGAACCAGGUGAAGCAUUACUGCUCGUUGCUGUUUUUUGUACCUCAUGUUGGCUGUCUUAGUGGCUUCAGUGAGUGGCAGUUAAUUUUGUAUCUUCGGUUGCCACGUGUUUCUAUUUUUUUUCUCUUUCUGUCUCUCUCUCUUUCUUCUCCACUUUUUUAAACUGUUACUAUGACUAUGUUUUGAGGAGUCUUGAUUUGUUGCUUUUAUAUUAAUUGUAUCCAUUAAUUAUUAUGAUUUUUGUUUCUUUGUUGUUGAUAUUUUCAGAUCAAAAGCCAUCUCUCUACUGUUUUCCAGUAAAUUGAAAUAACAUGAUUUAUUGUAUCAUUAUUCACUUAUUUGUCUAUUUAUUAUUCAUUCAACAUAAUAUUGACAGAUUUUGUUUAUUUCUGUUUUAAUCAUAAUAAUGAUUUUGUCUUUCAAAAUGAUACUGUACUUAUGCCUGUGUUGCAUAGAACGACAAAGAGUAACGAAUGAAGCUCCAUCUACCAACACGUAUGUUUAUUGCUUCAGCUCUGUAACCUUAGUGAUUAUAAUAAAGUCUACUUAAUUUGAAUA